AGUUUUCGAUUUCCAAGGUCGCUCGUCUGAUGAUUAGGUUUGCCCCUUUGUGGUGGCGUUCCAAGAACUUCACAUGCUUACUCUCAUGGAGGUCAAACAAGCUAAUAAAUUCGUCGUACAAACUUCGGUUGCCUUCUUAUCUUCGUACUCAGGAGAAUUCCGGUAAAGCAUCGCGUCCUGGAGAAAGCAAGAAUGAUCAAACAUCUAAUAUUCCAAAGUUUGAAUUGCGGUUUUCAUUUUCUCGAAAUAAAAUGCCUGACCCUCCUGGUGGAUGGUCUUUUGCUUCUUGGGUUAUACUUGGUGCUGUUGGUUUAACAUGGGUUGUCUACCACAAUUUUUCAAUGUACAGAAAGGUCGAUUGGAAAGAGUUUACAGAUAACUUCCUACAAAAGUAAGGCUUCAACAUAUUUCUUUGCUUUAUUAUGGUAGAAACUUGUUAGUUUAGUUGUCCAACCUUACAAACAAGUAAAGUGUCCUUAUUUGGUAGGAUACCCUAGCGUUCACAUACACACGUGCUAAUUUUCUUCACAAAAUUGCAACUUCAAUGAUGGUUCCUAUUUCGUCAAGUUCUAGUUUAGCAUACUGGUUGUGAAGUUCAAUGAGUAUUGCAACUCAUUGAUAUUUGGUUAAAUCGGUCAUACAAAUCUUUGUGUAUCUUUAUAUUUAUGUAGCACAAAAGACAUGGUACUAAGCUUAUUUUCAAUGUGAACUAAUGUCGAACACAAGCUCUUAGUUUACCAAUCAGCAAAUCAGUUGGUUAACCUUGAUCACUAGUUUGUUUUGGAAUGCGAAUGAUAGUUAAUAGCUAAUACAACACUCUUUAUAGUCUUUGGUUCUUUUUGUCUCUCUUGUCUACGUCUCACGUGUAUACUUGGUUAAUGUUAAGUUUUUUGCAAACACUAGAAAACUCCAAUCCUCAAAGGUCACUUUUCCCAUGUGGACUACUAUUUUGUUAAUUUUUAGCGUAAGAAUGUAUUUUCUUGAGUAUUCAAACCUUGUCAUCUGUUCAUUUAUAAUGGAUAUGACUUGAAGCAUAGUACACGGGUGAUCUAUCCGUGUUUCUUGAGUUUCGAAUUCUUCAUAAGUCUGAACUUCUCACCUUAAUACUGUUCUAUCUUGAAUGUAUCAUCAAUGUCACCCAAAAGUUCAGCUACCUGUGAUUAAAAUACUACCGUAAUUUUUCCCGAGAUCAUAACGUUUACAUUAGUACGACAGUUUUUAAACUGUUUUUCCACUCAGUUUGUGGCAUUCAUGCUUUUUAUUACAAGGCUUGUCUGUUCUCUCUGAUUUAGUUUGAAAAAAGUUGAAAAAUAAUUCUGAAUAUUAAAUUUUAGACUGUUAAUUUAAUCAAUAUGAAAUCAGAAUUUGCAACUCCAUGUGGUAUUCAUUAACAUUAUUUUAUUUUCUCAUUCCUAUUUAACUUGAUAUGUUUUUAUAGUUAGUACUCUCAUCUGAUUUCUCAGAAAUUUAGCUAGUACCAGGAGAUUCACUUUUUGACUUAACAUUCACAGAUCAUAUAGCUAUGUUUAAUGAAAACUGUCGCCAAACUAAGGCUUCUAAUCGCCGUGAGUGAUAAUGUAAACAAAUUUGGCAAAUAUUUCUCCUCAAAUAGCGAUAUUUUACCUCAGCGUUGUUCUGUGUCAACCCCUGUACUAAUAAUACGGGGUGAAGUAUUUAAGGGUAUCUACUUCACUUAUCCUAGUAGUCUCAUCAGCCCUAGUGGGUUGGUGUCCGACUGAAUUUCGUCACGGAUUCAAAAAGCUCGUUUGGCUUUUGCCAACUUGUGACAUAGGCGGGUUGUCUAUAUUUAAAUAAAAGACUACUCUGAGUGUCAGUUCUCUCUGUCCUACUUCAUAUGGGUGCAAUUUAGUUUAGGAAUGUAGGUGACAUACAUAGGCUAAAUGUUUUUGAUUCUAAGUCUUUUUGAAGUACUUUACGUAUUGACGAACAGCUGACAGGAAUGUUGAGGUUAGGCGUAAGACCAUCAGCUGCCCACCCCGACGCACGACGUUUGCUGGUAUAAGAGUAAACUAAAAGAAGGCUAGACCAAGACAUAACAUCUAUCCAUGAAGACAUUAGCAACUGUACUGAACCAUGUUGAUAAAUACAGACUAUCUUGUUGGGGUCCAUGUGAAAAUAGUGAUCGGUGUUUGUAAACUUUGGUGAACGUGACUCAGAAUCGUUCACAGUGAAAUAGACCCACUCUAUAUUUUCAUAAAAUAUUGUGCUUUUUUCUAUACUUAUUAUAUCCCACUACUACUAUGGCCGAAGGUACAGCUACCGUUAAAUUCACUACUCUUAGAUUUGUUUUGGAAUUUUUUCUAUAAUGGAAAAAUGAACCAAUUUAUAUGUUUCCGGUCCUACAUUGCAUAGAACUGACUGACGAGUAUAACCUGGUACAACUUUCCACUAAAAUUAAAAUGCACUGUACAAAAUACUGAAAUAACAUUGGAAAGUAAAUAGAAGGAAGUAUAUUCAUAAAGUAAAUAAGUAUAUAGAAUAAUUAAGUUAAGAAGAAUGAUAUACAAUAGAAGAUAUAGUUCAUUCAAUAAUGGAGUUCCCUAUAGUUAAAGGAGUUUCACUCAUUUUUACGAAGAAUAAACAAGUAAACUACAUAUUUACCAUCUUUUUUCUAUUAUUUGCUAUAUCUAAUUAUGCCUAUCUCCUGCGUCGUUUCGUUUCCAGGACCCCAACCAACGACAAAUGUCAAUCUUACCCAGCUUUCUUUUAUCACUAGCACCAUAUUAGUAAUUGACCUCUCUCCUUAUUCUAACCAGUUCUAGUGAAUGUAAAUGAAGCACAAUUUGGAAGCCACUGGAUGAAUUCUGUAAAAUAUGUCCAAACCGAUUAAAUUAUCAUUACUACACCCGAAUACACGUUGUCGAACCUCUUCACUACUUACACAUUGUUACCACCAAAUGUCAGCAAUCAUUCAAAGACAUCAAAUCUUCAGAUUGUUAAAAAAAACUUUGUAGUUCGUAUAGCUUUUCAUUUUGAUGACUUGAAUAUAGCACUCAUAAUUUGUAACCUAUUCAGUCGAAUUACUUUGAUUUAAUGAUGCGUCUGGGUUAAAAGUAUAAUGUAAAACUGCUUAUAUUUGAUAAACAGACUGAAAAAUUUAUUUGUAUAAUAUGUAUGUGCAUCUCAUUUUAUAUCAGUAUAUUUUCGUAGGGGUGCUGUCCAUCACUUAGAGGUUGUGAACAAAUCUUGGGUUAGAGUCCAUCUCCAACCAGGCGCAGAUUUCGAGUCGUAUGAAUCCAUUGAUCCCAGCAAGAAAAUUUAUUGGUUUGAAAUCGGUUCAGUUGACACUUUUGAACGAAGUCUACGUGAUAUGGAGGCUCAUAUGGGUAUAGAUCCUAUGCAUAGAACGUUUAUAACCUAUAUCAGUCGUCUAAAGCUGUAAGUAUCAUUGGUUAAUUAUCAUUAACUAACUUUUCGAAAAUUAAUUUACAAGGCACAGAUUUGUGUACCGAACUCCGAGUCAUACUUCAAGUCCGAGGACUCUGUAAUUAUCAAAAUUGAAGUAGGUAGAUUGGCGUCCAAACUUGUAUUUUAAUGGCUAAAAGUUAAAUUUUCUAGCCUCUGACACAUCGGAGAAAACUGUUAUUAACUUUGAUAUGAAGUUAUUCGACAUAUUUUUGUAAAUUUACAGUGUGGCAACUCACAGUUGGCAAUAAAUAGAAUGAUUGUCUGUCAGUAAAUCGUUUCAUACACUUAAUGGACUUUGUUGUUACAGGAAUAAAAUGAUACGUCUUGUAGAAGCUACCAUUUAUCAUGAUUUAUUUGAACGUUUGAACAUGAUUUAUUCUGAUCUCACUAAUUCUGUCGUUUACAUAUGUGACCUUAAGGUGUGUGUAUGGUUGUGUCUUUAUGGUUACUUGUAUCUUUCAUGUCUAUAAAUUUUGAUUCGUAUUUUAAUUAAGUUGAAUAGACACAGUUGAACUCUCCACUUUUCCUUAUUCUCUGUUUGCAUUAACGAAUGUGUGAAAUAUAUAUAUAUUCAAAAUCAUUUUCAUAUUUGGCAUUUUUUAUUCCAUUAUUUACUAACGCGAAUCAAGUCGAUAAAUAUACACAAAGUUAAGUGGGAUAUGUAUUCCAUUCGCGUCGGUCUCAUAUGAUUAUAAUAAAGUCAGUACAUUGCAACAGUUUAAAACCUUCCUGUCAUUAUGCAUUAACAGCGCAUCCAACUGAUAAUCAUUAACUAAGAAAAAUUUCCUACACUUGUCAGUCAUUCACUUUCUGUGCCUAAGCUUGAUGAGGUUUGAAGGCUUUGAGGGUCCUCUACAGUCUGAAGUAAAACCAUUCAUUGUCGUUAGUACCUGCACACUACUUGGAUAGUUUUACGGUAGAAGAAUUAUUUGUUAUUGGUUCAAGAUAUUUUGCUGUCAAUAUAGUAUUAUAUUAAACAUAAAUUGCUAAUCGUUCAAUUGGUUUUAUUUUUUACUUGAAUUAAUCCUGUACUUUAUAUCAAAUUGUGAAACAACUUUGUUCGAAUAAGUGGUAACAGUGUGAAAUAAAUGUAUGUUGAGUUUAACCAAAAUUGUAUCCUCCUGAGCAAAACUUAAUUGCAGUUUAAUUGUUUUUAUCUCCUCUAAUGAAUUGUACAUAAUCUCUUUUAAAACAAAUGGAUGAAUAAAUUUUUUUGUGUUACAAUCAACAUGUGCGUUUCUGUGAAAUGGAAUAUUUAGUAUCCAAAUAGUAGUUUUCUCAUAUUUUGUACAUUACUUUCCAUUUGUUGAUAUUGACACAUAUGGCUUAACUGAAAGCUCGGUGAAUAUUUGAUCAAUUUUGUAGAAGUCGCUAUGAAAGUCAAAUCUUUUUUCUGUAAACCUAGCUUCUCAUAUUUUCACGACGAUGGAUUCUGAUUUUCUUCAUGUAGUAGUAUGUAUAUAUAUCUCAGAAACCAAUACUUAGUGGGACUUGGAGACUCUUCUCGGGCUUAUUAUUCACGAGUAUUAGCAGGAUUUCGAAUCCUAUUGUUUUACCUCUCGUGCGUCCAUGCUUUUAUUCUUUUUUCUCAUUUGUAGAUCAGAUGUUUUAUAUGGCAUUUUCUAUAUUUCUUUGUUCUUAAUGGCUGUGUAUUCCUUACGGCCUGCAUCUGGUGGUGUUGUACGGAAGGUAAGCAGUAUUUUUGGUAGCACGAAAAUCAGUUAGUAAAUGUGUUAAUGGAUUUAAGUGUGGAAGUAUAUUGGUGUUAUGUAUAUACAACUGAUUCCUUCUUUUUCUAGUCAGGACUGGGUUCAGGAUUAUUCAAUUUCGGACAGUCACCUGUGCGUUUAAUAGAAAAAGAUAAGAUUGGUGUACGUUUUAGCGAUGUAGCAGGUUGUGAAGAAGCAAAACUUGAAAUAAUUGAAUUUGUUAACUUCCUAAAAAAUCCAGCAAAAUACGAAGCGCUAGGAGCAAAGAUUCCUCGUGGUGCCAUCCUAAAAGUUAGUUUGCUAUGGUUUGAUUUACAAUCUUAUAAUGUGGCAUAAUUACUCUCCGUUUGUUAGUUUAUAUUCCAAGGAUUUUCUAUUGCACAUUCUCGCUAUUUGUCACUUGUUAUCUCUAUUUUAGAACCAAUUUCACUUUAUCAUAAAUUGGGGUUAGUGAUGAAUUGUGAACGGCUUUUAGAUUGUUAAAAAUGAAUGGUGUCUAUCAAAUAAUAUGAUUUGGCUGAGUGAUGGCUGUUCGUUCGACUGAAUUAAUGAGAUAUUACUGAGGUAGUGAACCUUCAUCGAUUGAGGUGGAUAGAAUACGUAUAACAUGACCAUCUGCUGCCCACCUCGACGCACGAUGUUUGCUGGUAUAAGAGUAAACUAAAAUAAGGCUAGACCAAGACAUAACAUCUAUCCAUGAAGACAUUAGCAACUGUACUGAACCAUGUUGAUAAAUACAGACUAUCUUGUUGGGGUCCAUGUGAAAAUAGUGAUCGGUGUUUGUAGACUUUGGUUUACAGAACUUAGGAUCUUUUACGAUAGGGAAGAUUCAUUCACUCUUUGUCUUCUCUUAGUUCCUGACUUUUAAAAUUAAUUUAUACAUCAUAUUUCACAAAUCCGUCUUCGAACUGUAUUCCCUGUACUUAAGCUUAUUUAAUACACUAGUGUUACUACUUUGGUAUUCAUAGCAAUAUAUUGUUUUGUGACAAAUUGAACCAAUGUACAUAUAUGUUAAGUCCUACGUUGCUUACAACUAAGUGAUUGUGCUAUUAAUUUUUCUUCUCAAACCAACUUAAGAUCGUUAUUUAUAUUGCAACUUAUUUGAUAACAAGACAAUAAUAAUGAUCGGAUGUGACUGAAUUCGACAUGAAUGUUUUAGGGUGUUGACUAUUGUAGUAAAGUGUUCUCUUCGAAAGCUUCGUAUUCGUGUUACUACAUGGUCCUAUCAAUUCUUUUGGAUAGUUUGCUCUCUAGUUGGGUCAAUCAAUGAAAAAUAUUUGACCGUUUUUUAUUGUAAGUUUUGACUAGUUAAAAAUCUGUCUGGACACUUUGUUUAAUUAUAAACAGCCUAAUUGUUAACCUCUGUUUAUUAAACGGAACCUUCCUCUAACUUAUGGGUUGUGUCUUUGCUAAUAUUACACCCAUCGAGCUCACUUAUUUUUUUUCAAGACUGCAUUUCUAUUGUCAUCGAAGUUGACGUUUAGUCUUCACCUUUUGUUUCUUAUUUUGUUAACUUAUUUUCUAGCUGUACUUAUGUGUGACGUAACAACCUGAGUCAACAUACAUUUAUAUCUUUUCUUAGGUUUAUGAGAGAACGAGAGCAUAGUUUCUGUAUCCUUGUUUUAUGGAAAGCAUCACUUUGUAUCAAUUUGUUCUGUCAUAGCAAUUAACUACACAGAUUUCAUCAUUUUGCCUCGAUUUACUUUAUUCUUCACGUUUGCUGUGGAUGUUUUUUAAUUGUCUCCAUAGGUGAUGAAUUUUUUUGUGUCAUUCAGUUAUCUUAGGAGAUUGCACUCGUUAUCAGUUUUCUCAGGCUUAACAACAGGCGUUCUCUUAAUUUAGGGUCCUCCUGGUACUGGCAAAACACUUUUGGCUAAAGCGACUGCUGGAGAAGCGAAUGUUCCAUUCCUUUCCGUUUCUGGGAGUGAAUUUUUAGAGAUGUUCGUUGGUGUAGGACCGAAAAGAGUACGCGAUAUGUUUGCCUCUGCACGAGACAAAGCUCCCUGUAUAUUGUUUAUUGACGAAAUUGACGCUAUUGGUGGCAAGCGAUCUGGUACAUCUUUUGGUCAUCAGGAACGGGAAAAUACUCUCAAUCAACUACUUGUGGAAAUGGACGGGUUUACUACUCAAGAAAAUGUUGUCGUUCUGGCUGCUACCAAUCGUAUUGAUAUUCUAGAUCCAGCUCUUCUUAGGCCUGGACGUUUUGAUCGUCAAAUCUAUGUAUCAUUGCCAGAUAUCAAAGGUCGUGCAUCAAUAUUUAAGAUACAUUUGAAACCAAUUAAAUUAGCUGAUGAUAUGCAACUUGUAGCUCGCAAAAUGGCUACACGUACUCCGGGAUUUUCUGGUGCGGAUAUUGCAAGUGUAUGUAAUGAGGCAGCGUUAAUUGCUGCGCGAGAAGAUGCUCAUAGUGUCAAUCUGUUCCAUUUUGAUAAAGCUAUCGACCGUGUAAUUGCUGGGUUAGAAAAGAAAAGUCAAGUAAUGUUGUUCACUUUUUCAUUCCGUCUUGACAUGUUUAUUUAGUUUCUUUGUUUUGAAAUUGUCAUUACUUAGGUAUUGUAGUUUGUCAGUAUUUAAUAAUGUAUGCGUUGCAGACAGUUAGGGCUACAUAAGAUGGAAACUACCAAAUUUGAAGAAGGAAAACGGAAUUCAAAAACCAUAUGUGAGUACCAGUUUAACAACUCAGAUGAUGUAAUGCGCAGUUAUGGUAAAAUUGUGUUACAGUGUUUUACGACUAAAGUUUCUUAGAAUUUAAGAUACUUUCUCUUAUUUGAACUAAAAGCUAGGACAACUACACAGAACAACCUAAUGCCACAGAUGAUUCCAUUGUGUUACAUAGGAAUGAUCACGGAUUCGAGGAUUGAACAAACGCAACUUUAUGUUUCUUCAAAAAAGGAUAAGGAUUUCUUACUUAUGUGUUGGUCGUUUGACAUUUAACUAGGUUGGAACAUAUUCGCACGCUGUUCCUCCUAAAUUUAUUUUGAGAGCUCGAUAGUGUUGUGGUGUAUGCUGUUUAUGCCGACUGACAUGAGUAGUAUGUAGCAGCAAUCGGAAGUAGAAUGCCUGGCAUCAGAAAAUUGAAUUGAAGAGAACCGAAAGGAAAUCGUGGAGUAAUCGAAAUGACAACAGAAUCAGAGGAAUAGUGGAGUAUGUGAAGGACAGCUCAAAGUGGAUGUGCAAAUGAUGUAUUUAAUGUAUGAUUUUAAGAUUUUAUUAAGCCACUGUGUGAUUUUGCAUCAAACAAAAAAUUGGUUUUCCCCACCUGAGUUCUCGUUCACUAGUUUGACUAGCUUAUAUAAUAGUGGCUCAAAGUAAAGCACACGGACCUGUAUGGAGUCACGUUAACUGAUAAGCUUGAACGGUCGUUGUUUCAUUUCCAGUAGUAAAGCUGAAGCAAAUGAUAAUCUUUGUACUAAUGUAAGUAUCAGUUAGCAACAUUUUUUUCUUUAGAUACAGAAGCGUAUUAGCUGUACUAUGGGAAGUGAAUAUGGCCUGUGGUCUGGAGUUUGCUUUCCUAUAAUCCCUAUAUGCUUGUGCGAGUGCUGAUAAGAUGUAUCGUGCAAGUGAAAUCUGCUAUCCUGCUACUUGUGUCUUUCAGGUUGUCGCAGUCACGCGGUUAUGACUCUGAAGCAUAAUCCUCAUGAAUGAUAGAAAUAAGAAGUACUGUCCUAAUGUUGGUGAUUUUUUUGAGUGGGGUCACAUGGCUAAGUUUUAAGGGUUGGUGGACAGAAAGCAAUAAAAAAGAUUGAUCUGAUCUUAAGAUUUGUGCUGUUUCACAGCUUGGUAUUUUCUACGUUAACGUUCUCUAUGUAAAUUUUGCACAAAUUAUUACCCAUCGCUGUUUGUUUAUAUUUGAAUUCGAACCAAAUUCAGUUAAUAAGUAUCACAUUACCUGUUAAACGUUUUCUGCAAAGUGCACGAAUGAAUUUUAUUGUACUUGAUCGUGAAAUUACUUCUUAGUCAUACGAGCUAGAACUGUUGUUUUUAUAUGAUAUGAUUAAUUGAUUGCUCGUCAACACUAAAUAUCCCUUAGAUCAGUUAGCUUUGUAACAUCUUUUGUUUUCGAACAACGUCUCAUAAUUUACCUAAUUCUCCUGCUUCAACCAUGUGCAAUGCUUUUCCAUAAUACAUAUUAGUGGUUUUGAUGUGAAACUGUAACAGGCUGUAUAUACAGGAAAUAGAUUGUUUGAGCACUGCUGAAGCAGACCUUUAUUCCGAUUCAUCUUCACUGUAAGCUGAUUUCUGUUGUGCCAUUGGAAGUUGCUAUUCUUUCUCUUAUGGUCUAGCCUUAUAUCUCAUGUAUUCUACUUCUUCAUAUUGGAGCGGAGUAACUGUUUUGUAUUUUUUGUUUAUUAGGUAUUACAACCCGAAGAGAAAAAAAUAGUUGCAUACCAUGAAGCUGGACAUGCAGUUGUUGGUUGGUUUUUAGAACACUGUAAUCCGUUGUUGAAAGUUUCAAUAAUUCCUCGUGGUAAAGCUCUUGGUUAUGCUCAGUAUCAACCUAGGGAUAUAUAUUUGUUGACUAAAGAUCAAAUGUUGGAUGAAAUGUGUUUGGCAUUAGGAGGUCGAGCAAGUGAAGAAGUGUUUUUCGGUAAAGUUGGAAGUGGAGCAGUGGACGAUUUACAGCGUGUAACUCGAUCAGCUUAUUCUCAAAUUGUCCAAUUAGGAUUCAGUUCAAAAGUUGGGUUGCUAAGUUUCGAUUUGCCUGAGCAAGGUGAUAUGGUUCUUACCAAGCCAUAUUCUGAGCAUACUGCACAAAUAAUAGACGAAGAAGUUAGACAACUUGUUGAGUCAGCCUACGAAAGAACACUAACGAUAUUAAGAGAAAAAAGACAGCUUGUCGAAAAGGUAGCUCUACGCUUACUAGACAAAGAGCAGUUGCAAAAAGAAGACCUGGUUGAAGUAUUAGGUCCAAGACCGUUUGUGGAGAAAAACACAUAUGAAGAACUCGUAGGUCCUGGCCCUUUGGAUGAAGAUGUGUCACUCCCUCCUGGACUCAAGGACUGGAAUAAAGAACCAGAGUCGAAAUCAGAGGCCUCGUAAAGUUGCAUGUAGUUUAAUUUGUAUACUUAUUCCUCUAACAUAACUUUUACAUCUGACGUUGAAAAGAAAAUUUGCAGUAUGCUUGUAAAAUAAACUCUAAGUUUCUUCUAAUACCUGAAAUUAUUUUUGUAGCGCCUCGUAUUUACAAUAUGUCGAUUUCGAUAUAGUCCCCCGCUUCAUUAGUUCACCUUAUUUGGUAAAAGUUACACGGUAGUGUGUCUACUUGAUGGAUACUAGUGUAACACCAAGACCAAGGACAUUUAUUUACAAUAAUUUGCUUUGUAUCGGUUGUCUAAAUUUUCUCAUCAAAGUUUUAGGGCUGUAAUUGAUCAGGCGUGGAUUGCCUCGAUGUCGCCGUAAGUCACAAGCAUUCUAAACAAAAAUGGACAGUGGCUAGAAUUUAGGACACGCGGCUUGUCCUUAAAUCAAACUUCGCAAUUGCACAAACUAAUGAUUAUCUGGAUUUAGUAGCUAAGUGAAUAAUAAGGUGUCGUUUAAGUCGUACGGCACUUGGUUCGAGUCCCGAAGUAAACAGCUGUCGGCUUCAGGUACAACCAAAUGAUGGGUUUUAAAUGAGACGGGACGGGCGUUCUGGGUCCUACUACUGUCGAACAUCGAUUUCUAUUUAUUUGCUUACUAUCGUCUUGACAUGAGAUCUGAAGAAAACCUUGUCACUACUUCACUGUGUUCAUAGGAAUUGAGGAAACGGCUCCCGCGUACUAGCAAUUGAUUCUUUUUAACAGCAUGGUGAUUUAAUAUGACUACACAGAUCCGCAAUACGUAUCAAAACUUUCCAACGAAGAAAAAACCUGUCUACUAGGGAACUUUCAACUUCGCUGGAAUCGCAGUUAUGUUCGCUUGAAUAACUCACUCUGGUCAGCUCUAUCGACUUGAUAAUAAUAGGUGUAGUGAUCCUGCUUAUGGUGGUAUUUACGGUGUUUAUAAGGAAUGUGGUCGUCCUCAUAUGAUUUUAAUCCAAUUACACUAUCUGGUUGAUUAAGUUCUUCAGAUGUAAUCUAUUACUUAGCAGUGCUGUUCCUGAAAUGCUUGUCUGCAAUGUAACGAGAUAAUUAUGAAUGUUAUCUGUGCUUCCUUUAGAAAAAGCACAUCGUGGAAUCGUAAGACAGAUAAAGUCAGCAAAUGUGGAAAGUAGAGUUGAUUUAGGUUUAUGUGUUGUAAAAUGUACUAUAAGUCAUUAUUUUUUUGAAGAAAUAGAUUGGUAAGAGUCUAAAUUAGGACGAGUGCAUGUAGUGGAAUAAUAAUUUGUCAUAAUAAUAUCCCAAAACACUUUGAAUUUAUAUUAUUACGAACGAAUAAUAACUAGAUAUACAGAUAGAAGUUUGGGUUAGGAAUAACUGUGGAAUGGAAAAGUGCUUUGUGACUUGCGGAUGGUACUCAUGCAGUCCUUUGGAUUUUAAUAACAAGACCUUGGUAGUAUCAUUGAUAAUGUGCACUUGGAUGCAGUGGGGACAACAUAAUUCAGUGAAAUCAUCCUGCUUUGUGUCGAAACUAUGGUUGACCAUCGCUUUGCAGAUUCCUACUGCGGAAACUCGACAUUAUGUGUUGAGCGACUGACAGUGGUUAUCGAACAUAUACAGCGAUACGGGGACGACAAGGUUGAUUUGCUAUAGGGUAGCCGGUGUAUCAGCGAGAAAAUAGGCUUGGUCGAUCUGAGGGUCUUAGAAGUAACGUUAUACUAUCAAGUUAAACAGAUAGUUAAAUAUGGAAUCUAUUCGUGGUUUUCUAAAUGGUCCCUGACCAACACAUUGAGUGAUAACUCGAAACAUAAUGUUAUUGAAUGUUUAUGUAAUUACAGCAACUGGUACAUAUAGUAUUAAUAAACUUUAUACCACAUACA